GCCGCCGACGUGGAGCAGAGCAGCAGAGCGAACACGAUGACGGGGGGGAAGAUGGCGGCGGCGACGGCGGCGAAGUGGGCGGAGGGGUACCCGUGGAAGGAGAAGCUGGCCAAGUACAAGGGGGAGCUGAGCAAGGGGGUGUGGGGGUACUGGGAGCUGGGCGCGUGGAAGCCGCUGGGGAUCAGCGGGCGGCAGCGCGCGCGGCUCCGCAAGGAGGUGCUCCUCGCCGGCGAGGACUGGGCCUACGACCCGCCCCGCGGCGAGAUGCGCACCAAGCGCAAGGGCCACAAGGUCGACCGCAUCGCCGCCGAGAAGCGUGCCAACACCGUUGAGCUGAUGAAGAAGAUGCCCCAGAUGCUCCUCGACUACAAGAAACGUAGGUGGGAUAAAAAGAUGAAAGACGAGGAGGCAGCGGCAGCAAAGGCUACUUAGGGGGACUGGCCUGCUGGUGACUCAGCCGUUUGUUGUGGCAAACGGGAAGGAACUCAUGAUAUAAAGAUAUUCUCCAUACAAUGAAACUAGUCUCCCGUUUUGUUUGACAAGGCCAAGCUGUUGAUUAAGCAUGCUGCUCUUCCUGAAUAAGGUCGAAGGGAGUGUAAUGUAGGAAGUUCAUAGGCUUAUUGGCUUGCGGUCUUUUUCGCCUUGCUGCUUUCCAGCUCUAGUGCCACCUGCCACACUUUGGAAUGCAUUUUUUUCUAUAACAUCGGUCAUAUAAUCAGGAUUCUAGCCUGGCCCAACCUGCAUUGAACCCAACUUGUUUGCUGAAACAGAUCAAAAUUAUGAGUGUGUUUGUUAGUUA